UAUUUUGAGAAUAUGAUCAACACAUGCAAAUAAUUAGGAACAUCGAUCAGAAAAAAUCACGGAUCCAUAUUUAUCUCCGAGCUCUCUUUAUUAAUUCUUUCCCCACUUUAAUUUGGAUGUCUUCCAUCGAUCUGAUCACAAGGCAGCCGCAGGGUAUCACAAGGUUGUUAGACGGGAAGAGAAGAGAAGAGGAAGGUGACCGAUCGAUCGAUAGAUUCCAUGGCGAGAUCGAGCGCCGAUGACUUCGAGCUGAGGCGAGCAUGUGAGGUGGCCAUCGACGCUGCCAUCAACAAACAAAAAGUGGUGCUGUCGAUCCGCGUCGCCAAAAGUCGUGGCGUCUGGGGCAAGACCAGCAAACUGGGGCGACAGAUGGCCAAACCCAGAGUCCUUGCCCUCACCACCAAAGCAAAAGGUCCAAAAAUCAAGGCUUUUCUUCGUGUUUUGAAAGAUUCAGGAGGAGGAGGAGUACUUGAGCCUGCAAAAAUUUACAAAUUGAAACAUCUUUCAAAAGUGGAAGUCUUGCAAAAUGAUCCAAGUGGUUGCUCAUUCAUGCUGGGAUUUGAUAAUCUUAGAAGCCAAAGUGUUGCUCCUCCUCAGUGGACAAUGAGAAACAAAGGUGACAGGAACCGCAUACUUCUAUGCAUUUUAAACAUGAGCAAGGAGAUAUUGGGACGUCUUCCAAAAGUUGUUGGGAUAGACAUAGUGGAGAUGGCUCUCUGGGCAAAGGAAAAUAAUACUGCAGUAAGCAGUCAAGUUAUUACUCAUGGUGGGCAAGAUGCAUCUGGUUUGAUUCAAGGUCACUCACAAGUUACUGUCGAAAGAGAUCUUGUUUCACAAGCUGAAGAAGAGGACAUGGAGGCUCUCCUUGGCACGUAUGUUAUGGGAAUUGGUGAAGCAGAAGCAUUUUCAGAAAGGUUAAAGAGGGAACUUCUGGCUUUAGAAGCAGCAAAUGUUCAUGCACUUGUUGAAUGUGAAUCCAUAAUAGAGGAGGUAUUGCAAGGAUUAGAAGGUGCCAGCACAUGCGUGGAAGAUAUGGAUGAGUGGCUUGGCAUUUUUAAUGUGAAACUUCGGCAUAUGAGAGAGGAUAUUGAAUCAAUUGAAUCGCGUAAUAAUAAGUUGGAGUUGCAAUCCGUGAGCAACAAGGCUCUCAUUGAGGAACUUGAUAGAUUACUUGAACGCUUUCAAAUCCCUCAAGAGUAUGAGGAAUGUCUCACAGGAGAUUAUUUCGAUGAGGCCAACGUGCAUAAAAACGUCGAGGUUUGUGAAUGGCUAACUGGUGCCUUGCACAAUCUCGAAGCGUCAAAUUUGGAUCCCUGCUAUGCAAGAAUGAGAGGUAUCAAGGAAAAACGUGCAGAACUUGUAUUAUUAAAAUGCACAUUUGUUUGCCGAGCAUCAGAGUUUUUACGAAAUUACUUUCCAAGUUUGGUGGACCAGAUGAUGAAUGACAAGAGCUUAUUUUCUCAGCGUGGACAACUCAAGAGACCUGACCAUGCAGACCUCAGGUAUAAAUGCAGGACAUAUGCAAGACUUCUGAUGCAUAUAAAGACGCUUGACAAAAAUUUCUUGGCCCCUUUGCGAAAAGCUUUCUGUCAUUCUCUAAAUGUGUUGCUUCGUCGAGAGGCACGCGAAUUUGCUAAUGAACUCCGUGGUGCUACCAAAGUAGCAAAUACUAAACCAAUACUCUGGCUCGAGGGCCCGAUAUCUGCAUGUCAGGGAGCUAAUGCAGAUUCUUCUUCAGUUUCUGAAGCAUACUCUAAGAUGCUGACAGUUUUCAUUCCUCUUCUUGUGGAUGAGAGUGCUUUUUUUGCUCAUUUUAUGUGCUUUGAUGUUGCGGUACUUGCUUCAUCUGAUGGAACUGCUGUUAGCUCUACCCAGCCAAUGAUGGUUCCUCAAGGCAAUGAUGCUGCUGAGCUCGCAAUUCUAAAUGAAUGUCUAAAAGAACUGCUUGCUGGGCUUGAGGAGGAUUUUUAUUCGAUCGUGGAUUGGGCGUACAAAAUUGAUCCAUUGUGCUGCAUAACGAUGCAUGGUAUUACAGAACGGUAUCUUUCAGCCGACAAGGCUGAUACUUCUGGGUUUGUGCACCUUCUGCUUGAUGAAUUGGAAAUAAGGAUCUCAAUGCUGUUCAGCAGGUUUGUUGAUGAUGCUUGUUAUUCAGUGGAGAAAUAUGAACGUGGACGGCAAACAGGAGUUCUCCCUUGCAUUCAAAGGUUUGCAAUUCUCGCAUCACGCAUGGAACAAUACACCCAAGGCCAGUCAAGGGAUUUGGUCGAUCAAGCUUACACUAAAAUUGUUAGCAUCAUGUUUGUGGCAUUGGAGAGGGCUGCGCAAGUUGACUCCAAGUAUUCUGAUAUUGUUCUUCUAGAAAACUAUGCGGCUUUCCAGAACAGCCUGUAUGACUUAGCCAAUGUCGUACCAACCCUGGCAAAGUUCUAUCACCAAGCUAGUGAAUCAUAUGAGCAGGCUUGCCUUCGUCACGUUAGCAUGGUCAUUUACAUACAUUUUGAAAAACUGUUCCAGUUUGCCCGCAGAGUUGAGGAAUUGAUGCACACCAUUCCGCCUGAGGAGAUUCCCUUCCAAAUUGGAAUGUCAAAAGCUGAUCUUCGUAAAAUGUUGAAGUCUAGUUUAUCAGGGCUUGACAAGAUCAUCAAUGCUAUGUAUCGUAAGUUACAGAAGAAUACAACUGCUCAGGAGUUGUUGCCUUCUUUAUGGGAUAAAUGCAAGAAGGAAUUUCUUGAAAAAUAUGGAAGUUUCGUCCAGCUUGUCGCCAAAAUAUAUGUCAAUGAGCCUGUUCCUUCUGUGGCAGAGAUGAGGGACGCACUCGCUUCAAUGUAAACAAAUCGUUUCUCAAUUCUUUCUUGUUUUUCAGGUCUCAUAUGAUCCUUUCUAUUAUCACAUUAUUAUAUAUGUGUUUAUUUUUUCA